CUGAGAGAUGUUUUUGUUGGGAGGGGCUGAGAGGAAAAAAACAAGGAGACGAAGGAAAAGGAAGGAAACAAAGACCAGCGUCUUUACAAAACAGCAGAUCUACAGUGGGUUACGGCGGCUUUGAGUGGGAGAGCUGUAAAUGUAGGACAGGCAUCAGUUCUGUGCUUCACCUUCUCAUCUCACAGGAACUUCUUGAUAUCUUUUUUUAAUGUUCCGUCCAGCUAUCAAGCCUACAAUGGAUUCCAUCAGUUCGGUAAUGAGCUUUUUCGCCAGCCAGAAGCUCACCAUUGGUUAUGCCUCCAUGGCCAUCGCCACUAUUGGCGGUGAGAGAAUCUUCACCUUGUUUUCCUUCCAGUGCCCAUGCAACAGCCAACAGAACUUCGCCUAUGGGCUGACGUACCUGCUUGGGCCGGCUGUGGUGCUGCUCACCAUUGGCCUGGUCGUGAGCACACCCCUUUGGCGCCUGUACACUGGAUGCUGCCUGAACCCGCUGAAACUCUGUCCCAGGGGGAACUGUGUAAACUGCUUCUGCAGGCUCUUCCAGGUGCUGGUGAAAGCCCUGGUGGCCCCUAUAAUGUGGCUGAGUGUGGCGCUGCUCAAUGGAACCUUCUAUGAGUGUGCCGUGAGCGGCAUAAAUAGUAAAGAGAUUGUGGACCUGUUCUGUAAGAAUAUGACCAGCACAUGUCAGCAGGAGUUGGCCAGGGUACCGUGCCAAGCGUCAAAUCUACCUGCAGGGCAGACGGCAGAGCUUCUCCUCAUGCUCCGAGCGCAAUCCCAGAUCCUUGGCUGGUCCCUGAUCAUAACUGCCUCUUUGGUUGGGCUGAUUGGAACAUGUUACCGAAACUGCCGCUCUCAGGUGAGCUUCAUGCAGCUUACCUUCUGGAAGAUUUACAUGAAUAAGGAGAGGGAGAAGUUUGACUCGUAUGCCGAGGAAUAUGCCACCAAACUGGCGGACCGCAACCUGAAGAGCUUCUUUGAGAAUCGAGAGCCAGAACCUUUUACUUUCCCCAACCACAAAGCCUGGGAGGAGAUCUCAUCUGUGUACGUGUACAAGAACAGUCAGCAGUGUUACAGCACGCUGCAGAGGUAUGUGGAGGAGCCCCGAUGGGACUACAACCCGGAGAAAGUCCCACUGGACAGAGAGCACAGCAUGGAGGCCAGCUGACAUGACUGAAGAACACAGCUAGCAAAUCUUCCAACUCUUGGGAAAUGUUAAUAAAAGAGCCAGGAACAUUGCUAAUGAUACAUGAUGGGGGAAAAAUGAAAGCCCCUGAGGUGAGAAAAUUAAAUGUUUGUUUUUGACAACAAUAAUCAGUUAAAUUCAAUUUUAUUUAUGUGCCUUUAACAGCAGACAUUGUUUCAUUACCGCUCAUUACAGGAUUCUAUAUAGGUUAUGUACUAUUCUGAUGUCCAAACAAUUUUGAAAUACUUAAAUACUUUGAAUGCUUUAAAUGCUUUCAAAAUACUUUCGUAACAACUUGCUAAUAUAUUCAAAUAAUUCAACUUAAUUGUCAAUAUACUUUGUUAUUGAAAAUUAAUAUACCUGUUUAUUACAAAAUCAACACAAAGCUCUGAAGUGAAAAUUAUCAACUGAACUUCAUUCUCAGGUGGGCUUCUCUCACUUUGAUGACACUGUUUUGCUUUUAAGAGAAAAACAUGCUGUUUCCUGUUUGAUGUUGCUAAGAUUCUGUUUCGAAUUUGUUUGAAUCCACUACUGUAACGAAUAACUAAGACUUGCCGUCCAACAGCUUCAAGUAGAAACAUGUUUAUCAUGUGAUUGAAAUGUGAUGCCUGAAUCCAUAUGCACUACUAGUUAAUUAGCUUUAAUGCUUACUCUGUUAAACAAGAAGCCACUGUUUAUCAUAGACCACAUCACUUAGUCUAGUUAGUCUGUUUGGGAACAAAAAGUGUUUCUCAGCGUUUGGAUGGCUUUGUCAGUGUGAAAGCUAUAUGAGUGGAAUGUUUUAAGCAUCUUUACGCAUGAGUCACUGAUACGCCACCAAUGAAAACCACACCCAGAAAAAUUCACCCAGAAACCACACCCAGAAAAAGUUAUUGCCUUUUCUUAAAAUAAGUAAAUAAAUAAACAUAACAAAAAUGACAAACAACCCCACCCCACAAACCUAGACUAUUAGCAUGCCUACAAGGUGUUUAUGUAUAUUUAUGUAGCCUAAGAGAAUGUAUAGGUACAAAAACAAAGUAAACACAGCUGAUUUAUCAUUUUAUGGCCUUAGAUCAAUUUUACCUGUACAUUUCCGCUAGUUGGCUGCAAUUUUUAUGUAAAAAAAACCAUGCUUUUGGAUGUUGUUGAAUCAUGAUAGACAUUUUUUCUCUCUGUGUGGGUAAGCAGCCAGCCAGCUGCACUGGUAUGAGGUAGCAGGAAACUCAGACUCAUCUGAGGUUUUACACUACACGAAAAAAGGAAGUGCCAUGUUUGAUGCAUGGGUGUAUAGAUUUUGAUCCGAUGAGACAAAGCAUUUGUGCAAUUUUGCGGGUUCUUUUAAUUGCUAAACUUUUCUGUGUAGCUAUUCACCGUUUGACUACUGAUAUAAAAUAUAUUUCUGCUGUUUCCAUACCAGAUAACAUACCUAUUAAAUUAUUUGUAUAGUGAUUAACACCAGCGGUGUUUCUUGGAUUUGUAAAUAUCAGGAGAGCUACAGGUGUCUAUAUAUAUAUAUAUAUAUAUAUAUAUAAACAUAUGUCAUGGAACGCGCCCCUUCCACGUGAUGGAGUUGUUCGUUUAAUAUGUCUCGUUUGUAACCACGCAUAUGUUCUUAAGCACACAGCACACACCUGCAUCUCUUUAGUCUUGUCACGUUUGUAUGUACUUACACCCUUGUUACUGGGUGUAUUAUUGUCGGUCACUGAUCCUGUUCGUGCAUCUGUUCACUUUAUCACCGCCCGUGUUAUAUGAGUGCAGGUGUCGUGAAUGUUCGUCAAUAAACGUCUGUCUCCGUCAAA